AAACUCACAAAUCUCCAAAUUCUUGAUCAUAAUCACAUCUGAAGAAUGAGUGGAAAAAGCAGUAGCGGCGGUGGAGGAAAGAGCAGUGGCGGUGGAGGAAAGAGCGGCGGCGGUAGUGGAAGUGGCAACGGAGGAAAAAGUGGUGCAGGAGGAGGUAACAUGGUAGCACCAGGGACAAAUGGGGGUGCUUACAUUUCGAGAGGUGGAUUUGAGAGUAACCCUCAAGGGUACUUUAGUAACUUGCAUGGUAGUGGACAAAGCAAGAAGUGAAUUGAGUGUGUGUUAUACUACAAGCAUGCAUGAGUAUCUUCUUUGAUAUAUUCUCUAAUUAAUAAAAUGCAAUGAAGUCCAAAUAAGUAUUGAAUAAAUGAGAUUUUUAUCU